GUUUACUAUAAUUUAUUAUUUUUUCAUUUAUAUUUUGAUUUAUAUUAUUAUUGUAAAUAAUAUUUAUUUCUAUUUAGUUAACCACGGAGAUGAAACUGAAGUUGACAAUGAUGGGGAAGAUGAAAACAAAGCACUAAAGAAAUACAGAAAAUUGAAACUUAGACUAGAUGAUUUUAUGGAAGAAAUGAGGAAAACAGUGUCAUUAUUAGUGUCUAACCCUGUGACAACUGCAUCGUUCUCUGGUACUACUUCAACAUCAUCAUCAUCUGAUAUGACUGCAACUGCGCUGACAUCUGGUACUACUACAAUUGCAUCGUCAUCUGGUACUACUACAACUGCAUCGUCAUCUGGUACUACUACAGUUGCAUUGUCUGGCACUGCUGCAACCGAUCUAAAUUGGAGCAGCUACAGGCUUUAUCGCUCCCAGCACCCAGGACCUCUUUCUGAGAGGUCCUUUAACAAAUGGUGCCUUAAUAAUGGUAUGGAUGAGCCCUCAUUUAAAUGGAGAGCUCAUCCAUACAAGGGUGCUGGGAGGCACCAAGGAAAAAACAGCAACAAAAAAAUUUUAAAUAUCUUCAAUCAGUGA